ACCUUUAGCGUCUAUAAUUAUUUACUCACAGUCCUUUUAGUUAUGUGUCGUAUAAAGAUAAAAAAUUUCUAAAGCUGUUAUAACUUUUGUAAAUGUAUCAACAUGAAGAAAAGUAAUACGGGAACCAUAUGUAUCACGUGAUCUAAUUGGCAAGAACGUUGUACCUAUAAUAUUUGGGGGAUGUGUUGCUUCUGUAGCGCGGGGUUCCGUAUUAGCAUUAAUUAGCAGUUUUCGGGUUUUACAAAAUAGUUGAGGUUUCUGUGAUUUUGGUGUUUUCUAAUUUUCAUAUUAAAUAGUUAAGUCCUGCCCAGUACUUCAAUCUACAGGAAUGAAUAAACUGUACAUUGGGAAUUUACCGCUAGAAACGAACGAAGAGUCUUUACGUGAACUAUUUCACGAGCAAUCAGGAGUUACCCCGCAAAGUAUUCUUGUGAAAAAAGGCGGUUAUGCAUUUGUUGAAUGCCUUGAUGAAGAGGCCGCCGAAAAAGCUAUUGAAGUUCUGAAUGGUUUUAAGUUCAUGGACUCUGAGCUUUUGGUAGAACCGUCAAUUCCCCAAGAUCAGAAGUAAGUGUUCUAUUAGUACAACUAAAGAAGGAACUUCAAAGUGAAAAU